UCGUAAUAACAAACCAUAUCAGAUUAUCAGCAAUUUAAAGAGAGAAAAGAAAAGCUUGUAUUUUGAGAGAUGGGUUCUUUAAUGGCGGGUUGGGAUUCUCCGGCGAGUGACCCAGAAGAAGUGAGUCACCGGAGGAACAAGUCAUUGACGAAGGAAGAGAUUGAAGCGUUUUGGAAGACGAAGAAACAGUUGCAUGAAGAACAUCUUAGAGCCAUUUUGAGUCCGUUUCAGAGCUGUGAGGAAAUUAAGAAGGUGGAAUUUGGUGGAAAUAAUCUUCAGCGGUCAAGCUCUGUGCCUCCAUUUAAUACGAGGAAGGGUUUCUUGGACAUGGAGUCUGAAGCUGGCUUAGACAACAAGCCCAAGAAAAAUGGCUGGUGGAGAAGAAGUAACUGGGCAUUUCUAAACGAACCGCCUGUGAUCGAAGGAUCUGGCAACAGCUACGUCUCGCAGUUCCACGUGGCCAAUGUUUCGGCUUCCAGACUUGGUCGUGGUGGAGUCGGUGCUUGAAAAACCCGGUCGGAUUUGUAUGUGUUCCCAUAAUGUAAAGAAAAAAAAAAAAAAG